CUACAACUGCCUACAAGUACGACUUAUUUCACCAAGUACAAUGAUUAAUCGAGAGAUCUCGCUAAGGCUAUAAAUAACACUUAUAUGUUCCAUAGAACAUUACUACAACUCUACAAGCCAAAGCAUAUAAUUACUGUUGAAAAUCUUUUAAAUCAAAGAAAAAAAAGGGGUGAAAAUGGCACAGACACCAGUAAUUAUUUGUCUGAAAUCAGCCCAAAACAACAAAUUCUUGCGUUAUAGGUAUGAAGAUGUUCAAACUCAUGGCCUUCUUCAAUUUGCUGCUGAUAAAAUGGUGGAUCCAUAUGCUCAUUUUGAGGUCCAGAAUUCCAAGACUUAUGAUGGUCUUGUUCACCUCAAAGCCAGAUACAAUAACAAAUAUUUAGUCAGGUGGUCUCCUAAUCAUUAUUGGAUCACUGCAUCGGCUAAUAAAUCAGAUGAGAACCAAGACAGCUGGACAUGUACAUUGUUCAAGCCCAUUUACAUUGAUCGUGAGACCCAAAAAAUGAGACUUGUGCAUGUCCAACUCGGUCAUUAUGCAAAAUUAAUGUCAAUGCAAUCCCCCUUCGAUUCUUGCUUAUUUGCAGGAUCAAAGGAAACUGAUGCUAGUUCAAGCGACGUUUUCACCUUAAUAUAUUGGGAAUCUGUGUUCAAAUUUCCCAAACGUACUGUAACAUUUAAAAGCCAGAAUGGCAAAUAUUUAAGUGCAUCAAUGAGUAAUGGGAUUCCAUAUUUAAGAUUUUCAAGUGACAAUCUUACUGAUCCGAUGGCUGCCCAUGAAAUGUAUACAAAUCCUGAUGGUACACUUUUCAUAAAAUCCAGUUACUCUGGGAAAUUCUGGAGGAUGGGAAAUAAUGAUGGUUGGAUAUCAGCUGAUGCAGAUGAUCCUCGUGGUAUUGUUACCAGCAAUGCUUCUGCAAUGUUUAGGCCUACUAUGCUCGACAUGAACGUCGUUGCGCUUCUUAACAUGUCCAAAACUUGGUUUGUCAAGAGCUUUACUAAUAGUUACUUGAAUGCCGCAGCUCAAAAUGUGGACAAAGAUGCGGUGUUAGAGAUAAUAGACUUGGAGAAGAUGUGCUCUAAUUGAAGGUUGCAAUUGCUUAGCUUAAACGUCUUGUUGUUUAUUUAGAACUUGUAUUCGCUAAUUAAGCAUGUCAUAUUUGUAGCGUAAUUAGUAGAGUAUGUUUGUAAUAAUUGAUUCUCUGAUGAGAUGGGAUGGUACUUGGGAUUGUUAAGUUUGAUGAUCACUAUGAGUUAUGACUUAUUAUAGUAAUUUAUAACUAAAA